AUGCGCGAGUUUAAGGUCGUGGUUCUCGGCAGUGGUGGCGUUGGAAAAUCGGCACUCACUGUUCAAUUCGUCAGCAGCACAUUUAUUGAAAAAUAUGAUCCGACUAUUGAAGAUUUUUACCGAAAAGAAAUUGAGGUUGAUGGGCAACCAUCGGUUCUUGAAAUUUUGGACACUGCGGGUACAGAGCAAUUCUCGUCAAUGCGAGAUUUGUAUAUAAAGAACGGACAGGGAUUUGUUGUAGUUUACUCGAUUACCAGCCAGCAAACGUUCCAUGAUAUUAGGAAUAUGAAAGAGCAAAUAAUUCGGGUCAAGGGAACAGAAAACGUGCCAAUUUUGCUAGUGGGUAACAAAUGCGAUUUGGCGCAUCAGCGACAAGUUCGAACAGAAGAAGGUCUUGCACUUGCUGAAUCCUGGUCUUGCCCCUUCACCGAAUGCUCGGCGAAGAACAACCACAAUGUGAAUGUGACAUUUGCCGAAAUCGUACGCGAAAUGAAUUAUGUGCAAAACCGCUCAAAACAGAACAAGUCGUGUUGCUCAGUGAUGUAA